CGCUGAUGUCGGUCAGAAUGGCUCCUCGUCUUCCUCUGAUCUUUCUGCUCAUGAUUCACGGGGUUUCUGCUGGUUGGGGUGUGAGUUACAGUCCUUCACACAUCUGUGCACUAAAGAACUCAUCAGUGAUAAUGAUCUGCACUUACACAUACCCUACUGGAUAUAAGAUUGAGAAAGUGUUCUGGACCAAAAACCCUGUAAAGGGUGAAGAGAAUCCAGAUCUGUCUGAGGAUCCUGAAUACAGUCAGAGGCUUCAGUAUCUUGGAGACAAAAAGCAGAACUGCACCAUCAGACUGAGUCAUGUGACACAGAACGACCAACACAUGUACUGUUUCAGAUUCAUCACUGAUAAACCUGAUGGCGUAUGGCUUGGUCAUCCUGGAGUGACUCUUACUGUCACAGAUCUUCAGGUGGAGGCUCCUGAGAGAGUGACAGAGGGAGAUUCAGUCCGUCUGACAUGUAAAAGCAGCUGCGCUCUGACUGACAGAGCAACAUUAAUCUGGUACAGAAACUCACAGCCAUUAACUGAGAGAAGAGACAGAAACAAUCAACUCCUGCUGCAGUCAGUCAGAAGAGAGGAUGCAGGCAGAUACAGCUGUGCUCUACAUGGACACACUUACAUCUCUCCUGCUGCUCAGCUCAAUGUCACCUACCCACCAAAGAGCGUCUCAGUGUCCAUCAGUCCAUCUGUAAUAGUGGAGGGAGAUUCAGUGACUCUGAUCUGCAGCAGUGAUUCAAACCCUCCUGCAGAAAUCAGCUGGUUUAAAGGAGGAAUGUUUGUAGGAUCUGGAAGAAUCUACAGCAUCUCAAAGAUCAGCUCUGAUCACAGUGAAGAAUACAAGUGCAAGUCCAUCAAUGAACAUGGAGAGAAAUACUCUGAUGCUGUGACUUUAAACAUAAUGUAUCCUCCCAGGAGUGUCUCAGUGUCCAUCAGUCCAUCUGUAAUAAUGGAGGGAGAUUCAGUGACUCUGAUCUGCAGCAGUGAUUCAAACCCUCCUGCAGAAAUCAGCUGGUUUAAAGGAGGAAUGUUUGUAGGAUCUGGAAGAAUCUACAGCAUCUCAAAGAUCAGCUCUGAUCACAGUGGAGAAUACAAGUGUAGAUCCAUCAAUGAACAUGGAGAGAAAUACUCUGAUGCUGUGACUUUAAAUGUCAUGUACCCACCCAGGAGUGUUUCAGUCUCCAUCAGUCCAUCUGGUGUAAUAUUGGAGGGAGAUUCAGUGACUCUGACCUGCAGCAGUGAUUCAAACCCUCCUGCAGAAAUCAGCUGGUUUAAAGGAGGAAUGAUUGUAGGAUCUGGAAGAAUCUACAGCAUCUCAAACAUCAGAUCUGAUCACAGUGGAGAAUACAAGUGUAGAUCCAUCAAUGAACAUGGAGAGAAAUACUCUGAUGCUGUGACUUUAAAUGUCAUGUAUCCUCCCAGGAACGUCUCAGUGUCUAUAACUGGAUCAGGUGUAAUAGUGGAGGGAGAUUCAGUGACUCUGAACUGCAGCAGUGAUUCAAACCCUCCUGCAGAAAUCAGCUGGUUUAAAGGAGGAACAUCUGUAGGAUCUGGAAGAAUCUACAGCAUCUCAAACAUCAGAUCUGAUCACAAUGAAGAAUACAAGUGUAGAUCCAUCAAUGAACAUGGAGAGAAAUACUCUGAUGCUGUGACUUUAAACAUAAUGUAUCCUCCCAGGAACGUCUCAGUGUCCAUAAAUGGAUCUGGUGUAAUAGUGGAGGGAGAUUCAGUGACUCUGAUCUGCAGCAGUGAUUCAAACCCUCCUGCAGAAAUCAGCUGGUUUAAAGGAGGAAUAUUUGUAGGAUCUGGAAGAAUCUACAGCGUCUCAAAGAUCAGCUCUGAUCACAGUGGAGAAUACAAGUGUAGAUCCAUCAAUGAACAUGGAGAGAAAUACUCUGAUGCUGUAAAUUUAGGUGUCAUGUAUCCUCCCAGGAACGUCUCAGUGUCUAUAACUGGAUCAGGUGUAAUAGUGGAGGGAGAUUCAGUGACUCUGAUCUGCAGCAGUGAUUCAAACCCUCCUGCUCUGAACUUCAGCUGGUUUAAGGAGAAUCAAAGCUCAGCUGUUGGAUCUGGACAGAGUUUCAGUGCACUACAGAGUGGACGCUUCUACUGUGAGGCUCACAAUCAACAUGGAUCUCAGAGAUCAGACGCUGUUACUGUCACAGUUCAUCCUGGAGCUGAUAGGAAUGUGAUUGUGAUCGCAGCAACAUCUGGAGGAUUCAUCAUCACCAUCAUCAUUAUCAUCAUCAUCCUGUUUAUAAAGAGGAAAAGGAGUGUUAAAACUAAUCUCACAAUUACAAAGAGAGUUUCAGUCCAUGACGAGUCCCUUUCUGAACCCGAUCCAGUCAAUGAUGCUCUGUAUGCCAGUGUGAAACCCAGCAGAUCCACAGGAGAAACUCCUGAAUCCAGAGAUACUGAGGAGAUCCAGUACGCAGCUGUCCAAUAUCACAGAAAGAAAGAGAAGAGCAGACUGGAAGAUGAAUGUCAGUAUGACAAUAUAAGGGUCCAUCAGCAUGAUGCUGCCAUGAGGCAAUCAAAUGUUCAAACUAUGGAAGAUGCAUCAGUAAUCUACAGCAGUGUCAAGUGAAUGAUAGACAGCAGUGGACACAAAGCCUGUGCUCGUGUCAGACAUGAACUUAUAAACCAUAAAUAUACUUUACAUGAAGAAAUAUAACCUGGAUCAUGUUAUUUGCAACUUAUAAUUCAUUUUCUCAUCUGAAAUUAAGCCAAAUA